CGGGAAGGGCCGAGGCGGCGGCGCGAGGCUUUGGCGCGGAGCCGCGUGCCGGGAGCCGCCCGUCCCUCGCCAUGCUGCGGAAACUCACCCCGGAGCAGAUCCGCGACUGGUUCACCGUCGGCAGCGCCGUCACCGCCGUCGAGCUCUUGGGCGAGGAGGUGCAGGCCGCUCCCCCGUGCGCUGGCCCCCGCCACCCCGCACGGGAGCCGUUGACGGCUGCGGGGCUGCCUAUCACAGAGAGCGUUGGAACGGAAUAUGCCAAAAAAUACAGACGAGCAGAGGAACAACAGCUAGGUGUAUCUGGAAAUGAUCAGCCUGUCUCUAAUAAACCAGGUACUUCACUGUCGAAGUAUCAAUCAGGUGAUUCAACUUCUAUACCAAUAAUUAAACAUAAAUAUGUGAAUAUGCCUACAGCCAAACACAGGGAAAAGAUACUGUCUCUGAUACAAAACAAUUCAGUUGUGAUUGUAGAAGGAGCAACUGGCAGUGGUAAGAGCACACAGAUUCCACAAUAUGUUCUGGAUUAUUGCAUGCAGCAAUCUAUCCACUGCAACAUUGCUGUCACCCAGCCCCGGAAAAUCAGUGCCAGCAGCCUUGCCAGGUGGAUUAGCAAGGAACGAUCGUGGACUCUAGGUGGAUUUGUAGGAUACCAGUUGAGUUUAGAGAACGUUUCGACAAAGGAGACAAGGUUGCUGUAUAUGACAACUGGCAUUCUUCUUCAGAAAGUAGUUUCUGCCAAGAGCCUAACUGAGUUCACGCAUAUUUUCAUUGAUGAAGUGCAUGAGCGUACAGAAGAAAUGGAUUUCUUGCUCUUGAUGACCCGUAAACUAUUAUAUACAAAUUCACAGUCUGUAAAGAUAAUAUUGAUGUCUGCUUCCAUCAACUCUAAAGAAUUUGCUGAUUACUUUGCAAUUCCACUUCGUAAUGGGCUGAAUCCAGUCUGUGUAUUUAAGGUGGAAGGCAAACCUUUUGCAGUUGAAGAAUAUUAUCUUGAUGAUUUAAAGGACACUGUUGAUUUCAAGCUUCAUUCUCAAAGCAUUGAGGAACCCGUGAUAAAAAAGAAUAUGUAUGAUGUAGCAGUGUCUCUGAUUGAGUCAUUUGAUGAGUUUGAGAUGAAGAGUUUUAGAGUAGAGACUGAAAAAUGCCUGAAAAAAUUUUACACCAGGAAUGAAUACAGCAGAACAAUGGAGGAAAACAGCUUGAGGGAUGCGUUGGAACGUGGCAGUGUGCUAGUAUUUUUACCAGGUUUGGCUGAAAUAAGAUACAUGCACUCAUGCCUCUCAGAUAAGUUUAAAAGGUGGCAAGUGUACCCACUUCACUCAUGUGUGACAUUAGAGGAACAAAAUGAAGUAUUUUUGGCUACAGUUCCUGGCUACAGAAAAAUUAUUCUAGCUACCAACAUAGCUGAGAGCUCUGUAACAGUUCCUGAUGUUAAGUAUGUGAUAGAUUUCUGCUUAACUAAAGCUUUGGUUUGUGAUAAGGAAACUAAUUACCAAAGUUUGAGACUUUGCUGGGCAUCUAAAACAAACUGUAAUCAAAGAAAAGGUCGCGCUGGACGAGUUUCCAGAGGGUAUUGUUACAGGCUGGUGUGCAAAGCUUUCUGGACAAACUUUAUUCCAGAGAAGUCAGAACCUGAGAUACUGCGUUGCCCGUUAGGAGGUACAGUCUUAAAAUUAAAAAAGCUUGAUAUGGGGGAACCAAAAACCUUACUGGCAACAGCUCUUUCUCCACCCAAUGUAGAUGACAUCGAACGUACCAUAGUUCAGCUGAAAGAGCUGGGAGCACUUGCCUGUGUGCAAACAGAAGAAGAUCUGCAUGAUGGUGAGCUGACUUUCCUAGGAAGAGUAUUGAUACACUUGCCAGUGGACCUGUAUCUCGGAAAAUUGAUAGUGCUUGGGCAUGUCUUCGGGUGCUUAGAGGAAUGCCUUAUUAUAGCUGCAGCACUGUCUUUGCGGAAUUUUUUUGUAGUACCUUUCAAAGAACAUGUUGAUGGAUUCAGGAAAAAAAUGGGUUUUGCUGGGAAUAGUAAGAGUGACUGUAUUGCAAUUGUGAAUGCAUUUAAGGCAUGGCAGGCCUGCAAACAAAAGGGGAAGCUGAGAGAUCCCAAGGAAGAGUAUGAGUGGGGUCGAUCAAAUUGUGUUCAUGUCAAGAGGAUGAAAGAGGUGGCAGAGUUAUUUCACAACUUGAAGAGGCGAAUCAGGGCUUUUAACAUGUAUGUUAAUACUCAACCAUCUGCUGUGGACCAGGAGUAUGUGAACAAACAACGCUUCAUUUUGCAGGUUGUAAUAGCUGGUGCUUUCUAUCCGAACUACUUUACUUUUGGAGAAUGUAAUGAAAAAAAUGCUGUGAAAGAGCUUGCUGGCAAAGAUCCAAAAACCACUGUAAUGCUAAGGAAUAUUCCUCCUUAUGGAUAUCUGUACCAUAAACAGUUGCAGUCACAGCUUAGACAGUGUGGGCAAGUAAAAUCUAUUGCCUAUAAUGGAUCAAAGGCUCUUGUGGAGUUCUCCCGCAAUCCAAAGGAGGCCUUUAAGGUCCUACCCGAAGUGUACCUGGCAAUCAAGAUGUUAAAACUGAAGAUUCCUUUUGAGCUGGAUGUUCAUCAUCCAGAUGAUAUCAGAAAACAAUUGCAAGGUGUGGCAGCCGCAAGUUUGGAAUCUUUGAGAGUAAAUGUAGACUGCCAGAAGCAGACAGUGGAGCCUGUGGAAAUCUCAUUUGGUGCUUCAGAAAUGUCAGUGAUCCCAAGUCAUUUUCUGUGCAUCAAGAUAACGGAGAUAGUAGAAGUUGGACACUUCUGGGGUUACAGGAUAGAUGAAAAAAACAGGACUGUACUCGAGGCUCUAACUGCUGAAAUCAACUAUCAGAACCUGAUGGAUUUAUCAGUGCCUCCACGUCCAGAUUUGCUUUGUCUGGCACCAUUCGCUUACCUGGAAAACAGAGGAUACUACAGAGCUUGUGUUCUGUAUGUUCAUGGAGAUUUUGCUGAGGUUUUUUUUGUGGAUUAUGGCAAUAGAUCAGAAGUGCCUUUAAAUAAAUUAAAAGAGAUUCCAAGCUGUCUUCAAGAGAUUCCUUUCCAGGCUUUAGAGUUCAAGAUCUGCAAGAUGCGUCCGUCUGCCAGAUCGAUCGUGUGUGGGGAACGGUGGAGUUACAGCGCCAGCCAGAGAUUUGCCUCGCUGGUCGAUGGCUGCAGUCUGCUGGUGCACGUGUAUUCAGUCGUGCACGGGGUCCUGCACGUGGAUGUUUUCCGCUACUCCAGGUGCAGAGACCUGGUGAACAUUCGAGACGUGCUCAUUGAGGAACGUUACGCCGAACUAGCAGAAGAAUCGUACGAGUCACAACAAAGCCACAGUUUGCUCAAGGAGUUACUUUUGGAUGAAGUAAAGAAAGAAAAGCAAGUGCCUGUAUCUUCAAGACAGGAAGAAAAGCAUCUCAUUGGAAGAUUGUUAAACUGUUUUUCUGACAACAAGUCUGAUGUGCCAACCCAUAAGGUAACAGUUUCGGGCCCGUUCAGUCCUUAUGAGCUGAAAUGCUACAGUCUGACUAGGGUAUCCCGGUUCAGAAAUAUUUUCAUAUGUAAGGAGAGCAUAAACUCCGUUGUUGUCCAUGAUACUGCAGAAGAUCCCUUUCAACAGUUGCUGGUUGCUGCUGAUAUAUCAGUAAAUGCAGCUGGAUCUACUCUGUUUUUAGGGGAAACAUCUUUGAUGCCUCCUAUUCCUGGCCUGCUUGCACUCCUCAGUAUGCUGUUUGCUCCAGCAAUAGAACUCAGGGUUGAUAAAACUGGAAAGUAUUUUACUGGUGUUCUGUGUGGUUUGGGUUGGAGUCGGACUUCUGGGGCUCCACUGCUUCCAGAAAAUGAUAUGGCCCUGACAUUUGAUGUGCAAUUUGGAGUGGAAGACAUAAUAGAGAUAAACAACUUAAGGACAUCCAUUAAUAAGCUGCUCUGUGAACGUGCAGUAUAUUCUGGACAAGAGCAAAUGAUACAGCUGCAGGAGAAUAUUCGUCAGAAGCUUCUAUGUUUAAUCUGCAAAUCGAGGCCUCGAGAUAAAAUUGUUCCUACGUGGUGUGAGAACCCAUAUGCAUGGAAUCAGGUGGAUUCUCAGCGUAUUGUUGACAAGUCUGAAAAGCAGCGUGAAAGAGGAAAUAGUGUUUAUCAGCUCCACAAGCUUGUUUUGUUGAAUGAUUAAGUAUUCCUAGAAGUCUUUCAGAGGAUGAGGUAUUACAACUAGUCUAAAAAUUAAUUCUGUCUUGGAUGCAUGUUUUGCAAGACUGUUCCUUAAGAUUAGUGUAAGUGUACUGAAAUACGGUUUGGAAUGUGUUCGUGUGGUUUUGAAAAAGUUAAGGUUUGCUGGCCUAGAGCAGACAAGUUUAUUCAUAAAACAAACUGAUGUAAAGCAGGAUGAAACUUCAGUAAUACUUCUGAGCAGGUUUAUUGCAAGGUACAUGAAAGAUGAAGCAAAUCUAGGUUUAGUUGUUCAUUUUAUGUCUAAAAGCUCAUAAGUCAAGAGGCAUGACUUUUUUUUUCCCCCCCUUUAAGUGCAAGUUGCAUUUUCCUGUUUUCUUUGUCAUUAGUUUUUCAAAAAUACAUGCAACAAAGGGGUUUGGGGUUUUCCCUAACCAAAAACUGGAAGUCAGAGGAAACUGAUGAUCUAGAUUAUGUUCUGAUGCAAACUACAACUUGAUAUAUAAUUUUUUCAUUAGUUUUUCAUACAGCAAAACAUAACCUGAUUUAUUUUCCUGUAUGGAAGAAGAAUGCUUUUGAAUUACUGAUUCUUGGCACAUUGUUUCAUUCUUUCUUCUUAUUCUUACCUGCGAGAUCUUUAGUCCUAAAAAUGAGGUCAGUGGUUUCAGAAUAAAAUGCAGAAGUGAAAUAAAAUGUUUUUGUCUCUUCUGUUGUGCAGCCAUGCUUAAUAAAAGCUAAAUUUAGUUAUUAA